CCGCUCUAGCCGUAUAUAUCGUGUCGUCUUAUUGUUCCUAACAAACAAAAAUUAUUUUUUUAAUUUCUGGGAAAGGUAAAUCAAGUUGCCUUUCAUAAUCUUGCCGUAUUUCAAAAGUUCGAUUAUUGUAUUGUAUAUUUUUUACGCGCGACUAUUAACGGAAAUGUCGAUCCAAAACCUAAACACUCGUGAUCCCUUUGUGGAUGCCUCGAAGUGCAACGACGACGAUAUCCAGGAUGGACUCGUCCACAUCCGCAUCCAGCAGCGCAAAGGUCGCAAAACUUUGACCACUGUCCAGGGUCUCUCGCAGGAGUACGACCUCAAGAAAAUUGUACGCAGCUGCAAGAAGGAGUUUGCCUGCAACGGCACUGUCAUCGAGCACCAGGAGUACGGGAAGGUGCUACAGCUCCAAGGCGAUCAACGGGAGAACAUUUGCCAGUGGCUGACUAAGAUCGGAUUGGCCAAGGGCCAUCAACUGAAGGUCCAUGGAUUUUAAGGGCUGAGCGGGUGGGAUAAUUGCAUGUUUUAGUUCAACAAUGAGAUUCUACAAUCAAGGACUCUACAAAAGUACUCAAAUCUACAAUCUACACCUUCAAUCAAUCUACAAGAGUUCUUAAGUGUACAAUAUCUACAAUAAAUAUGCAAAAGCUCUACAAUCAA